ACUCAGCAGCUGCAGCAGCCAACAGCACAAGAAACACGAACACACACAGAAAACUGCAGAUACUUCAGAGGCAAAGCAACAAUGGCAUCUCUCGCCGUUGUCUUCGCCAUUGCCGUCCUCGCGCAUUCAGUCAUCAGCGGCACCGCCGACACGACUACGACCGGCGAGAGAAAUCUUACAAUACCUUCUGCUCCCUCAACGAUCAAGGGUCCAGUGACCUACGUGUUCGGCGACUCGAUGUCGGACGUGGGGAACAACAACUACUUCCCCAUGUCCCUCGCCAAGUCCAACUACCCUUGGUACGGCAUCGACUACCCCAACGGCGAGCCCACCGGGAGGUUCACCAAUGGGAAAACCAUCGGAGACUACAUGGCUGACAAGUUCGGCGUGGCGUCCCCACCGCCGUUCCUGUCCCUGUCGAUGUAUGGAAAAGACGUGCUCGGCGGCGUCAACUUCGCUUCCGGCGGCGCCGGCAUCCUGAACGAGACAGGCGUCUACUUCGUUCAAUACCUCUCCUUCGACGAGCAGAUAUCGUGCUUCGAGAUCGUCAGGAAGGCGAUGAUCGCUAGGAUCGGCAAGAAGGCCGCGGAGGCCGCGGUCAAUGCGGCAUUGUUCCAAAUCGGACUUGGCGACAACGACUACAUCAAUAACUUUCUGCAGCCGUUCAUGGCGGACGGCAAGACGUACACGCACGACCAGUUCAUCCGCCUCCUCAUCACCACUCUGGACCGGCAACUCAAGCGUCUGUACGGGCUGGGCGCACGGAAGGUCGUGUUCAACGGGCUGGCCCCGCUGGGUUGCAUCCCGUCGCAGCGCGUCCACUCGGCGAACGGGCAGUGCCUGGGCCAAGUGAACGAGUACGCCGUGCAGUUCAACGCGGCCGCCAGGAAGCUACUCGACGGCAUGAACACCAAGCUGCCCGGCGCGCAGAUGGCCCUCGCCGACACAUACUCCGUCGUCAUAGAGCUCAUCGACCACCCCGAGAAGCACGGGUUCACGACGGCUCACACGUCGUGCUGCAACGUGGACUCGGAAGUGGGGGGCCUGUGCCUGCCCAACACGAGGCCCUGCCUUGACCGCAGCGCGUUCGUGUUCUGGGACGCGUACCAUACCUCGGACGCCGCCAACAAGGUGAUCGCCGACCGCCUCUGGGCCGACAUGAUGAGCGCCGGGCACUGGGGCGCUUCGGCUCCUCCUCUCGCCGGGGCGUCAAGCCCAGCCCCGGCGCCGUCUCCGUCCCAGGGAAACUAAACCGACCGUGCCAGUGCACGGUGCGCCCAGCGGUGUGUUCUGGGUAUUGCCAGUGCCGAUAUACGAUGUUGGUGUCACCUGUUUCGUUCAGACUUCUGAUAGUGCAAGAAUGUUGAGUUGAAACAGAGGGCGAGGAAAAAUAUUUUGUGCUUGUAAAUUUGUAUACACACUAUACACAUCUCAUAGUGAAAAGGAAAAAUGUCCCCCGUAGAUACGGUAAAUCGCUUGAGAGCUUUAUUUUGUUUUUGAAGAUGAUCACUUGCGAGUUUGAACU